AUGCGCGACGCGGACAACACCGCGGCGCGUCGCGCGGCGCUCCAAGCGGGCGCGCGCGCGCAACCGGAGUACGAUUCGUCGAAUUUCUUCGCAUCCGUGUUCGCGACAUCCAUCGACCGGCGCGGUGUGCGCGCGUUCGCCGCGCCGUUCGCCGUCGUCAACGCCGUGUCGAUCGCGUGGACGGUGAUACACGAGCGCGCGGCGACGUCCGCGGCGCGCGCGGACCAAGGCGCGUUCGACGGGGCGUACGCGCUGACGUUUUCGGCGAUGGGAUUUUUGUUGGUGUUUCGGCUGGCGCGCGCGGCGGUGCGAUGGUACGACGGCAGAGCCGCGUUCGGGGGGAUCGUCGCGGGCGUAAGAGCGUUCGUGGACGUGCCGCUGAUGUACGGCGGCGAUGACGACCGCGGGAGGGCCGCGGUGGACGACGGCGCGGCGUGGGCGUGCGCGUUCGCGAGCGCGAGCAAAUGUCACCUGCGAGGCGCUCGCGAAAUCGAACGCGACGAAGUGGCGGGAAUUUUGUCCGACGAAGAUCGCGUGGCGGUGUCGCGAUCGAAGCACCCGCCGUUGUUUUGCUUGUCCAUGUGUCGACGCGCGGUGAAACGGUGUUUUGAGGGUCGAGGACGCGACGCGGACGCGGCGGCGUUGCGAUACGAGUUGAAUAAGAGAGUGGAUUUUUUGGCGUCGCAAGUGGGCGCGCUGGAGCGGUUGCGAGCGACGAAGAUUCCGGAAAUUUACGUCAUUCAUUUGCGCACGUUUUUAUUCGCGUAUUUGAUAUCUAUGCCGUUCGUGUUCGUAGGUCGGUGGGGGUGGGGAACGAUCGCCGCCGUCGCGUGCGUGUCGUUCGCGUUGCUCGGAAUCGAAGGCGCGGCGACGGAGUGCGAGAUUCCGUUUUCGGCGACGCACGCCAAUCACUUGCGCAUGGACCAGUACGUCAUGGGGUGUUUCGAUAACGUAGCGGCGAUGUUGGAAUGGCAGGACGAGCGCGUCAACGGCGAGCGCCGCGGCGAAGUCAUUCGCGCGUCCGUAGACGUCGGCGUGGCCAUCAAAGCAGAUUCGCCGCGAUGA